AUGGCAUUGGUUACCCUCGCGAACAGCACAGCAAAACCAAAGCGCUUUUUUAGCUAUCGGAUCCCGCGACACAAAAUAAAGGUCUCGCUGUCACGUUGCUUUUCAGAUGCAAAGGCGCCCUUAGAAGUGUCCGCAAGUGGGCAUGCUGCCGAGCAAGCGACUGGCACCAUUGCAGAGAACUUUGACGAAGCAUAUCGUGACCCUGGCCUAGAUUGGUCUCGAGUGCCGCCAAACCCACCGCGCAGUGCUGGCAUUUUACUGGUGGUAACCUCGCCUGAUGGCAAAGUCAGGCUGGCACGGUGA